ACGGGAAUACGACCUGUAUUGUAUUUAAAAUAUCAUGCACUUCUGCGUUGGUUCCGACGGACUACCAGUCAUUAAUAAUAGUCACGGUUUCGGAUGGUGAGCUUGUUAUCAUAGGUUUGGAUCUAGUACAGUCCAGCUAGCUAUCCUUAGCUCAUCAGCACCAGCAGAUUGUGAAUAUCUCGGUUUCUUCAUGGAGUUAUUUUGAGUGUAGUAGAGCGAUUGAUUUAUUUUAAGAUAGUAUUUGGAAGUAGGAGUUUGAGCAACACAGGCGCUGAUUGAACGAGGGCUUACCAUUCGUUGCGUUGCAUGUUCCUUGACACACACGUUGAUAUAGGAGCUUAUAUAUAGGGGCGUUUUGAAGAUACGCACAACCAUUCAAAUCUCUCACUGGCCGGCACUGGAUGUGCAGCUUGUAUAUCUACCGGUGCUAACUGAUAUCACUGUUGGCUGAUAUUCAUCAUGAAAUUGUCUAUUUGGGUUUUGUUCGCAACGGCUCUUCAGAACCAUGUUCUUUGCCAAACGUAUGCGGGUGACGUCUUCGAUGACGUUACAACCAUAGAGCAAAUUGUGGAGUACAAUGCAACGGGCUCUGACUAUGAUGACGUCAUCGUAUUCCCAAACGUAACAAGUGACUAUGAAGGUCCGAAUGGCUCAGCAAUAGACGAGGAGUGUGGUUUGUGUGAACCAAAGCAAUCCCGGGUGUGCCAUCAGGACGGUUAUGGAGUUCAAGUGCCGUUAGAGGAAGACAUUCUUGGUCAGACAUUGAGAGUUAUUGUGUACAUUGGCUUCUCGAUAUCUCUGGUUGCUUGUAUCGUGGCUAAUAUUAUAUACGUCAUAACAAGGAGAAAUCUGAAACACAGCCCUUAUCAUAUACAUUGGAACCUCAUAGCAUCGUUUACAAUGUACCACGUGGUCUUUCUGAUUGACGUCACUGUAUUGCCAACAUGUUACGUCACCAAUGUUCAUGUCCGGAAUCUUUUGAAUGUUCUCUUAGCGUACACCGUCUUGGCAAACUUUUUCUGGAUGCUUGUAGAGGGAUUGAUACUGUUUUUCAUCGUUGUGAAGAGCUUCUUCGACAGGCAAGAGGGUAAAGAUUUCAUCAAAUGGUGUCUUAUUGGAUGGGGUACCCCGGCAUUACUGGUAAUCCUUUGGAUCGUUAUUGAAGAAGUCACCUCGGCUGGCAGUUGUGUAGUUCAACUGCGAGUGGGCAAUCCCAAUUGGAGCGGCAUUGGCUGUCUUAUUGCUCCCGUCUUUGUGAUUUUACUGGUCAAUGGAGUUGUUCUGGUUGUUGUGAUUCGGAAUAUUAGUUUAAAACUUCGAGCAAACCACAGCAGUAGAUUAGAGAGUAGAUCACACAGGAGGACAGCAAAGUCUACAUUUGUACUGCUGGUUCUUCUUGGCACCUACUACUCAUUGCCAAUCAUCGUUGCUUUUAUUGGACAACCUUGUCUUUUUGUCAAGAUCGUCAAUUUUAUUUCAACUACUGUCUCGUCUGUACAAGGUUUAGCCGUCAGCACGCUCUAUGUAUUCUGCAAUGGAGAGGUACGUGAUCAGAUAAAGCGAGUUCUUAGCAGACGUUAUUCAGAAUGGGGACCAGUUACUAUGGUAACGGGUUCUACUCCCAUGUCAUCCCAAACUUCCUCUAAACGUAACAGUAGCUCUUCGGGUAGUGAAGGAAGUAAACAUCAUCGUCUUCAUCAACAAACAACAACAAACCUAGAGAUGAAGGUUCGAAUCCCUGCAGAGGAUAUCAACAGCAACGCGGCAGAUGUACUCUUGGCUGAGGACCCCAACACAGCAACUAGAGAUAACUUUCCCUAAAUCUUCAGACGUUCAUACCCUAACCUUAACCCUAGUCCUAACCAAACGUAACCCCAACCCAACACCACACAGCUAGAUAUAACUUUCCCUAAAUCUUUGGACGUUCAGACACCAAACAAUUGAACGUUCGGAAAGGGACGCUGUUGUUGACUGGCAAGUGGUGCGCAUUCCCCUCCUAAAAGAAUUUUUUUCCAAGUUUAGUGAGUAGGCCUAACACGUUAUAAGACUUGAAGGGUGGAUUUCACAAAGGUGGUCCUAACUUAGGACUAGUCCUAGGCAAUGCUAAGACUAAGAGAUAG